AUGGCGACAAAACUCGAUAUUCUGUGCUUCUGCCUAUCAUUGCUGUUGGCAGCAUCCCUAGCACACCUUGUCCCGCUUUCGACUGCUUUCGACCGACCCGUUCACACUGUGAUCCUUGCGCUUACGGCUUGUUCGUCCGCUUUACCGAGUGCCAGUCGGGCAAUACCUCAGUUGUUCCCGUCUCCAGAUGCAAAGCAAAAACAAGGCCAAUAUACGGCGGUGCCUUUGGAAGAGCUUGGGGAGGAAGCCAACGGAAGGCUGGAAUACCUGGAAACAACAUCCGCACAAUACAAACACACUGGCAAGGUUCGCGUAUCGGUACUGGCCCUAGCAGUUGCUGCCUUGUCCUUGCGCAUAGAGGUGUACCGGCGCAUUUCACUGGCUACGGAGUGCACCAUCGCCAGUGUCGAAGUGUUUCUGCCAUUCUUAGUGGCAGUCUAUGAUUGUAUUAGGUGUCAGCGCCCAAUCGACUUGCAGCAUGAGGAAAACCCCGACAAUUCGGUUUACGAGUCCUUGUCUGCAGCUGCUAGAACCUAUAUUCUGAGACCGCGAACUCGGUAUCUCCUAUGGAUGUUGAUGGUAUCCUACGGAUGUUACCUCACUCACGGCCUAUGGACUUCAACAAACUCGACCUAUAUCUGUCCCCUUGCCCUCGGCGAUUCGAAGACAAUCCCGCUAAUGCAAGUCUCUGCCCUGGUGCUGGACCUUUGCCUUGUCCUCAUUGCCUACGAGACUAUCCCAAAAUCUGAUGGCAGGGGUCUUUCAGGACGACGAUGCGUAGUCCUCUGGAGCUCAACCAUGAUUGCCACGUCUGUCGUCUGGUCGAUUACGGCUAUAUGUGUGUACAUUUUCAAACCAGAGUACCGGCGUUGGCUGUUGUUUGUAUUUCCACCGCUGGAUGUAGGCACAAUCUUUGCCAUGGGAUAUCACGUUCUUCUUUUCUGCCUUUUGUCUAUAUCUCUUCUGCACAGUAUUAUGACUUACGGCGCAUUAGACAUGACAACGUAUCUGACCGCUUCCAUCACUAUGAUACCCGCUCUGGGGUUUAUUUGGUCACACAGGAAUCCUUUUCCUCAAAUACCGUUCACAGCGACGACGGUAUCCUUUUUCUUAAUAUUUAUUGGUCAAUGGGCAUAUCGUUGGAUACAGCAGGAACUGGGUAUCAGAGACGUGAUGCGACCGUCGCGGCAACUCCUCCUGCUUUGUAUCCUUUGCGGUGCCAUCUUUCCCGCUUGGCUGAAGAAAGACUACGUCCACUUUCACCCGAUUGAUAUGCUCAUGUAUGACGCCACGCUUCAUCAUAAUAAGUAUCUUGAAUCGGUGGGGAGUACCUCCUCCCUCGCGGAGGCCGUGGCAGAAUAUAAACACAGAUACAACCGAAACCCUCCUCCAGGCUUUGACACUUGGUUCGAGUACGCGAGGAACAGGUCUGUGCUGAUAGUGGACGAAUACGACCAGAUCUAUCAUGAUUUGCUGCCUUUCCGCGCGAUCCUGCCGAUUGAUCUGCGAAGCCAGACGUGGAAGAUGGUGUCUAACCCAUGGAACGAGAUUUCGGGGAUUACCAUCCGCGACGGAGAGGCAAAGGUCCAAGAGAACGUACUGCCAACCCAUCGAUGGAUGCUGGAGGGUGUCGCCGUUCUCAUUAACAGCUUCGCACGGUAUCUGCCCGACAUGGAUUUGGCGUUCAACUUGAAUGAUGAAUCUAGGGUCGCCGUGCCAUAUGAGCAGCUCAGGUAUUUCCAAGAACAAGGCCGAGCACAGGAUAAGAGUGGUAGCUCAAGUUGGUCAGCCGAUCGCGCGUCAGGCUGGCUGCCAGUGCCCGAAAAAGAAUAUACGGAGACGAUAUUUCGGGACAACUCGUGGCGCAACAGCUUCCAUUCCUUCGGCUCAGUAAGCUGCCCUCCUUCCUCGCUUGCACGGGCGUCGCCGCACCUUGCAUCCCAGUCUCACCUCUGUGGGAGCUGCGUGGCUCCACAUUCUCUGGGUCAGUUCGUGGGCAAUUGGUCCGAUGCAGCAGAUGUAUGCCAUCAGCCAGAUCUGGCCCGACUUCACGGCUUCUACCUCUCCCCUGCAGCAUUCAAGACGAGCUACCAGCUCAUGCCCGUCUUCUCUCAGUCAAAGCCGCACGGCUACAGCGACAUCCUGUACCCUUCGGCUUGGAACUAUAUGGACAAAGCCGUCUAUGCACCCAGCGAGCCUAAAGGGACACCCGGAGAAGAAGGCUAUCACCCAGGAUUCCCUGACCCCCCGUUCGGGGAGAAAGAAAACGUUCUGUUCUGGCGUGGCGCCACCUCUGAGGGCGUCUCCUCCAACAGCGGCGCCUGGCGAGGAAUGACCCGCCAACGCUUUGUGCACAUGGCCAACAAUCUGACCAACCAUCCCCACGAUGCCGCGACUGUCCUCCUUCCCAGCCCGGCAGACCAUUCCAAAUACCAGUAUCAGACGAUCCGAGGAGGCGACGUAAAGAAGCUGGGCCUGAAAACCGACAUUGCCAUUGUGGAUUUUAUCGCCCGGUGCGGCGGCAAAGACUGCACGGACCAGGAGCGAGAAUUCAACCUCGUGCGACCCACGGAUUUCCAAGCGCACUGGCGGUAUCGGUUCCUGUUCGACCUCGACGGGGCGGGCUUCAGCGGCCGCUUCCUGCCCUUUCUCCACUCGCGCUCCCUGCCCUUCAAGACGGCGCUGUUCCGCGAAUGGUACGACUCGCGUCUCACGGCCUGGCUGCACUUUGUGCCGCAGGACCUCCGCCUGCACGGCGUGUGGAGCACGCUGGCGUACUUUGGGGGUGUCAACGGGACCAUGUUCGGCCACAAGAUCUGGUGGAAGCCGCACGUCAAAGAGGCCGAGAUGAUCGCCGAGGCGGGCCGCGAGUGGGCGAGCAAGGUGCUCCGGAAGGAGGACAUGGAGUCUUACUUUUUCCGCCUGCUGCUCGAGUGGGCGCGCCUGACCGACGAUAACCGGGACGAAUUGGGCUUUGUGCUUUGA